AGGUGGAAGUAAUGUGCUACUUUUGGACACCAACCACCGUGAAGACACAGAGGAAGACGGAGGCUGCGGCAGUGGCGUCGGCUUCAGCCGCUCCAACAGACCUGCGCCACUGUUUGGCCCAAAGCGCAGUCUGAAAGCGGACAGAGCGCACUGAAACAUGGCCCAAGUGAAGCUGAAGCAAGAGCCGAAGCUGUGGGAGCCGAAGGAGCCGAACAAACCGAAGCACGGGGACAACAGUGUGGGCGGUGGGUGCCCAGAGGACCCAUGCUACACAGGUGUUCAGAUAAUGGAAGUCACCCAUUCAGCUCAAUGUGACAUUAAAGAAGAACAAGAGGAAGUGAACCUGGAGUGUCCAUACAUCAGCGUUAUAGUGAAGAGUGAAGAUGAGGAAGAGGAUGAAGCAGAGGAGGAAGAUGGUGACGGAGCAGAACCAGGUGAAGGACACUCCUCUGAAACUGAUGACUCUGAGGCCUGGACAGCUGAAAGUCCUACUCCACAAACAGAGCUCAGUGAGCAGCUGCAGGAGUUGGCUGCCAGUGACGUCGUUAGUGGAGAGGGGAAUGAUGCUGCAGAUCCAACCAAACCUCACAAAUGCCCUCACUGUGGGAAAGUGUAUCGCUUCUUGACGUUCUUAAGGACGCACAUGAGGACGCACACUGGAGAGCGACCCUUUGAAUGUUCAGUCUGUGCCAAGAAUUUUGUAUCUAAGUGUAAUCUUAAAGUACACAUGAGAAUCCACACGGAAGAGAAACCAUAUAGGUGUACAGUUUGCGACAGGGGGUUUAAGUACGACAACAGUCUCAAAGCACACAUGAACACACACUUAGAAGAAAAGCCAUUCAAGUGCUCGCUUUGCCCGAAGGAAUUUUCAACCGAUCAUCUUCUCAAACUGCAUAUGAAGACGCACACAGGGGACCGAGCUUUUGUCUGUUCUUACUGCUCUAAGGCCUUCACGCAAAAAAGUAUUUUACGGAUACACAUGAGGACGCACACAGGAGAGAAACCAUACAAGUGUUCAGUUUGUGACAAAGAUUUCAUAGUGAAGAGUCAUCUAACACAACACAUGAUAACUCAUACAGGAGAGAGACCUUUCAGAUGCCCAAUCUGUGACAAAGCCAUCAUAGACCGGGCUCGACUAAGACAGCACAUGACCUAUCACACCGGAGUGACACCAUUCAAAUGUACUGUGUGCGGAAAGGGGUUUGGCACACAGGGUAAUCUCACAAUACACAUGAGAAUCCACUCCGAAGAGAAACCUUACAGCUGUUUGAUUUGUGCAAAAGCGUUUAAAUAUGACAACAGUCUCAAAGCACAUAUGAAGACGCACACAGGCGAGAGACCAUUCAGGUGUUCUGUUUGCUCCAGGGGUUUUACAGAAAAGAGUAAAGUCAACCAGCACAUGAGGAUCCAUACACGACAACAGUCCUUCAGCUGUCCAGUCUGUGCCAAGAGUUACAUCCAGAAGAGCCGCUUUGACAUCCACAUGAAGACACACUCGCAGUGAUGUGGGUCAUGGAAUACUUAAAUGGAACACGUGAGAACGUACACAGGCAGUAAUGGAUGAAGUACUAAAGUAUUGAUACAGGAGCAAAAGUAGAUCACAUAGAUCUUGGGGUGCAUCAUGUAUUUUUUUUUAAGGAUGUUCCACCAAGUGCUUGUAUCAGUUAUCUAUCUGCAUACAGACAAGCUGAUGACUUCAUCAGGUCAAGAUCUGUGGAGAUGUGGCCGUGCUAACAGUAAUUUUAAGUAUUUUGAGCAAUAAAACACCAGUAAUAACAGGCUUUUUAGGCUUUUGUCAAAAACUGGAAGAGUGCUGCUUCUGUUUUUGCCUGAACUACUGGUAUGUGCAACAGCUGUGAGAAUGCAACAGGACUAAAUAGAGACUAAACUCCUCUCAGCUGUGCAUAAAAAAGGUGACUCAAGUCUUCUGUCUCCCAUAGCUCAUCUGCAAGGUGAGUUCAUCUGUCUCCCAUAGCUCGCUUCCAAGAGUUCAUCCUGCCACAUGCUUAGCCCUGGAGGACUACAGAUGCCCUCCCUGCUCACUUAUUAUUCAUGAUUAGAAGUGAUGCGAGGCCACCUUGGUAGACUUUCACGCACAGAGAUUAGACCAAAUGAUGCUCUUUUAGGCACCAGCCUACUACAACUACUAUAAUGAUAACAUAAUCAGUAGCAUUGUAUCUUACCAUUUGUCCAUACCAAUGGUGUGUACAAGCCAUGGUACAAAUGUACAAAGGUAGAGUGAUCCUCCUGUGUUGCUGUACUUGUUUUCUAUAUCACAUAAUUUCACAUAAUUAUAAUUUUGUGUCACGUUUUAAUGUGAAAACAAUCAUGAGACUGCUCAUGUGUCACCAUAGGCAUCUGAACAAA